CUUUCCCAACUCUGGGAUUUAUUAAGUGAGUUAAAAUUGGAGGAAGACUGACUUCCGGCGCGGGUUUCUUCUCCGGAAAUGUUGGAAAGUUGCACAAGGAAUGGACUUCCGCCGUCAUGUCGAGUUUCACCAAAACUGCACAGCAAUGGGCUUCUUUUUCGAGGAUUUGGUAUUUGAUUGAUGCCAAGAUGCAACCACCUGGAAAGAUUGCAACAACGUGCUCUGUCAGACUGCAGGGGAAACAUAAACCGAUCUACCAUGCUUUGAGUGACUGUGGUGACCAUGUUGUGGUGAUAAAUACAAGGCACAUUGCAUUCUCUGGAAAUAAGUGGGAGCAGAAGGUGUACUCCUCUCACAGUGGUUAUCCGGGUGGAUUUAAACAAGUGACUGCUGCCCAGCUACACCAGAAGGAUCCCACUGCAAUUGUGAAGUUGGCUAUCUAUGGUAUGCUGCCAAAAAAUUUGCAUAGAAGAACCAUGAUGCAAAGGUUGCAUCUCUUCUCAGAUGAGGCAAUUCCCAAUGAAAUUCUUAAGAACUUGGUUGAAGAGCUUCCACAACCACGCAAGGUACCCAGAAGAUUAAAUGAGUACACUCAAGAGGAAAAAAAUUCUUUCCCAAGACUCUGGACACCAUCCGAUGACUACCGAAUGAAGUAAAUGCAUUCCCAAAAGACGAUGAAGAUAAUCCAAAAGUCUAUUUAUUUUUCACGGCUCUGGUUCUCAGAAUUAAAAGUGGCUUCUUUCCCCUAA